CCUGUGUGGGAUCAUCCCUGGCCUCAGCAGUGUCCUUCUGCCUCGUAUGAAUCCCUUUGUCUUAAUCAACGUGGCCGGAGCUCUCUCACUCUGCAUCACCUACAUGCUCAUUGAGAUCAAGUAAGUCCUCCCCUCCGACAUGGUGUAAUUGCAUUAGUUAGUGGAUUCGGGGAAGUUAUAAAUCAAUAUUGUUGAGGAAUAAUGUGUACGCUGAAUUGUGUUCCCACAAAGCCCUCAUUAUCAACCUGAUGUGUGUUUGACAUCCCUCUUGUUACUUAUCAACCUCCAUGAUAACUCCUGACAUAGAGCUUGGACGAUAAACCGAAAAUUGUCGACACCGACCACUUAUCGUGGACAUUUGCUGAUAUCGUUCCUUACGAUAAGUAGCCUAUACUAGAGAAAUGUGAAGAUUGAAAUGAAAUAAGUCUUCUUAUAUGUAAAUAGCCUUGCACAAGCCGCUCAUAGGGCAGGAGCCUAUCUCCUGUUUCUGUAGCGUGAGGCAGCUUAAUGUACAUGUACACCCCCUGGACAGAACGCUAGUCUAUCACAGGGCCUUACCCUCAAUCUAUCUCCUUAAUGCUGAGUGCCAAGCAGAGACUCAUCAGGUGCCAGUUUUACAGUCUUUACUCGGCCGGGGAUCAAACUCACAGCCUUCUAAUCUCAAGGUGGACACUAACCACAAGACCACUGAGUUGGUGAUUGUUAUAUGGGUGAUUGUUAGUAACCGUGGUCUAUAUGAAUGUUAUUAACUUAGAAACGUAUCAUUAUCAUGAUAAUUCAGUCAAUUUAUGGUGAUAUGGAUUUUUGUCCAUAUCACCCAGCUCUAUCCUGACAUAGAUAUAUGCUCCUAACUUUAUAACUUACCGAUAUUAUAUAUUAUGAAGUACCUGAUAACGCUCUCUCUCUCUCUGACUGCAGUAAUUACAAUGCUGUGGACACGGCCUCUGCGGUGGCCAUCGGCCUUAUGAUCUUUGGCACCAUGUAUCCUAUGAGUGUGUACAGCGGGAAGGUGCUCCUUCAGGUAGGCUAUUCAAACAUGUCCACAGUCUAAACUGAAUUCUCUGUAGGAUGUGAUGUGGAUCACAACUCUACUAUAACUCAACUCCGUAAACUCUUGGAAUGAUUGAGUUAUGUUCUGUCCGGAUUAUGUUUGGCUUACAUUGUUUGUUGUAAGAUAGUAUCUUCUUUGAUGGACCUUAGCGCAUUACUCGUUAAAGGGAAAAUCCACUCAAAAAUGAUAUUUUGGAAUGUUUUUUGUCAUUUGUCCACUGUUGAUACAGUCCCAAAAUAUUUUGCAUGUCAGCAGUCAAGUUUUCAAGAUAUUGGACUUUUAAGAAGCAAUGUGUCACCUGCCACAUCAUGAUGAUUCAAAAUGGAGACAUUUUAGAACUGUAUCAACAGUGGACUAAUGAAAAAAAGAUUAACAUCUGGCUGUGUUGUGCUCUCUCCUCUUUAGACCACUCCCUCCCAUGUCAUCGGUCAGCUUGACAAACUGCUCAGAGAGGCAAGUGGGGUGCCUUUAAUUACCUAUUGAAAUAGGACGGGAGGUCAAUUGAGCAGGUUAGGAGAAUUAGGAAAAGGGUCACUUCAGUCGUAGCUGGACUCCAUCUAGACAAAACCAAUGAGGACAACCCUAGUUGUAAUUUGUAAGUUGCUCUGGAUAAGAGCCUCUGCUAAAUGAUGUAAAUGUUGUGGGGAGAGGAGAUCAUCCUAAUAAUAUCAACAGGGUCAUUUAAAUAGCACUAAAGUUAGACAUGAAAUACAUUUUAGUCAUUUAGCAGACGCUCUUAUCCAGAGCGACUUACAGUUAGUGAGUGCAUACAUCUUUUCAUACUGGCCCCCCGUGGGAAUCGAACCCACAACCCAGGCGUUGCAAGCGCCAUGCUCUACCAACUGAGCUACACGGGACCACAUGUUAAUAACGAGGCAUGUGAGGCAGAAUACAUAUAAACUAUUGACAUAAUACAGGAUAUUUACACAGUGAUCAAACCGUCUACAUAAAACAUUUUAAUUUCUCGUAAAUGCCCUGCUUAUGGCCCUUCAUAUAUUUUUGUUGUUGCAACAAACAUAAAAAAAAAAAGACAGUCGAAACGUGUAUUGAAGCCAAUUUUUGUCUCUGUGCUUUACAUGUAUAUAUUAUUGAAGUGUAUUUCAGUGUGCUACAACUUGCAAUGAUUCCCUACCGCGUUUUAAAAUAUAUUGUGCCCCUUGGGAUCCUAUUGUGCCAUUCUACCUAUUUUACAUUUACAUUUUACGUCAUUUAGCAGACACUCUUAUCCAGAGCGACUUACAGUUAGUGCAUACAUUAUUCUUUUUUAUUUUCAUACUGGCCCCCCGUGGGAAUUGAACCCACAACCCUGGCGUUGCCAACGCCAUGCUCUACCAACUGAGCUACCUCCCUGCCGGCCAUUCCCUCCCCUACCCUGGACGACGCUGGGCCAAUUGUGCGCCGCCCAAUUGGUCUCCCGGUUGCGGCCGGCUACAGCAGAGCCUGGAUUCGAACCAGGAUCUCUAGUGGCGAGCACUGCGAUGCAGUGCCUUAGACCACUGCGCCACUCGGGAGGUACCUAUCAAUAUUAUAACUAGAGCCAGUCCAUGCGAGUUGACUGGGGCUGGUCACACGGUCAGGUUAAACUGUUCCACUCAUGGCAGAGACUGUUGUGUGCCAACAAAGAUUGUGGCGCGGUCAUCAUUUUUCAUGAUGCGGUCAGAUCCCGCAGAUUAUUUGGAAACGGACGUCUUUCUGCUUUGUAUGCGUUAUCCCACCUAUUGUAUUAAAAGCACCUCUUUGUCGCGUUAUUCACACACCCUCAGAAUUCGCUGCUUCAAGUUCAGUAGCCUACCUCUCCUCUCCUAGUUGGACGUGCGAGAUCAAGUGUGCCUACAGUAUAUGUGUGGUCUCAAUGAAGUAGAGUAGGCUGCCUAUGCAUGGGCGGAGAAUCACGUGGCUAGAUGUUUUUUUGGGUCCAAUACUGAUUCCGAUUUUUGGGGGGACAAAACAUCUGCCAAUAUAUAUCUGCCGGCUGUUUUACGCCGGGGAAAUUAAAAUGUUUAAUUUUCCCACACUGAAUUUUCAUAAAUUUGCUAGCAAUUGUCCAAGAAAUAUGCUUAAACAUUUGAUUUCUUACAUUUUGAAAUUAAUGACAUCAUGGGAAUGGCCGCAAGUGUUCAGAUAAGCAUGAGAUUCCCGUUUUUCAUCGUAUUUAUUGAAUAUCAGUUAUUGGUGGAAUUAUCAGCCGAUACAGAUAAAGCAUUAAAAGGCCAAUAUCGCCGAUAAUAUCGGGCUCUACACGUGGCAGUUAUCUUUCCAAGGAAAUUAACUUAACUAUGAUUAGGCUAUAGUUUACUACAGUGUCUGUAAAGUAAUAUUGAUAAUGGAAAGAAGUGGCGGGUGCUCAACCAACGUGAGUCCAGGUGCAAUAUUGAAAAGGAAGAGGCGCAUUGCAUCUUUUCCUUUUCAAUAAAUAUUUAUUACCAAUUUAUUUGUCUCCGCCUGCAAAUCGUCCUGCUCCUAAAAGGUAGGCUACAUCCUAUAUGCAAAACGUAGCUCAAGAUAAAGUUUGUGUCCGCCCUCAUCAUUCUGGAUACUGCUUCAGGUUCAGUAUCCAUACGUGCAAGAUCAGGUGCACAUCAAUUAAAUAGAGAAUGCUAUAGCCUUUGCAUGGGUGGAGAAUCACAGCGCAGUUAUCUUUCCAAGGAAAUUAACUUCCUAAAUAUGAUAAGGCUAUAGUUUACUACAUUGCCUAGAAAUAAAUAUUGAUCACCCAUAUGUCUCCAUCUGAAAAUUGUUCCGCUCCUAAAAAGGUAGGCUAUAAAAUGUAGUUCAAGAGAAAGUGCAAGUGUCCGCUUUCUCUGCAACUCUGCUCUCUUCAAACUCCAUCUGGCCUGUUGGCUGAUAUAGCCCAGUAAUACCUACCGAUAGCCUAAUAUAAUGGGCCAUGUGACGUAAGAAUCUUCUUAGGUUAUUUUGGCACAUUUUGAUAUUGCCUAUAGGGUGCAGAAUUGCUGGGACCAUGGCUGGCAAGUGAGCUGUGUCACAUACUCCUAAAAUAACAUUGCGGGACUGCGGUUGGGUUCGGGACCAGUUAUUGCGGGAGCGAGUGGGAGUCGGACAGAAAGCCAGCGGGAGCAGGAUGAAAACAAUCUGUGCGGUGCAGACCUUUAGACUGUAUGUACUGCUGUACUACCUCUAUCACGCUGUACAUGUGUAACACUGUACUUGUCUUCCAUCAGGUCUCCACUCUGGAUGGGGUCCUGGAGGUCCGUAACGAACACUUCUGGACGGUGGGCUUUGGCUCUCUGGUACGCCAUCAUCGUUCUGUCCCUGUUGUCUCCUCAUUAUACCCAGAAGACUCCCAGCAUAAUGCGUCACGCUCUGUUUGCUCUGCCUCUAGGAGAAGCAAGGCCAUGUUCCUUGAUUCCCAUUGUGAAGACAGAGUAGUCACACAAAAAGACAGUAGUCACAUCGUACAUAAAGACGGAAAUGGAGUCAUUCUGGUUUCAUUGAAAUGCCUGAGAUGUAAAUUAUUCAGACUGUGGCUCUAACAAUGUUGCUUCAUGUAGAAUGACUUAAGAAAUGAAAUACAGAUUCUGUCAGGUCUGCUGCUACGUUAAAUUUCAUUCAAUGAAAUAACACUUAUUUGCACUCUGCAUAAUAGCAGCAUAAUGUAAUGGUAACAUUAUGCAAUUACAGCAUCACUGCUGUCAUAUCGAUAAAUAGGCCAGCUUCUUGGCUGCGCUCGUAAUUCCCGUGUAGACUAAGUUUAAACAGUGGUUUUGCUGCUGUGCUCAGUUGUUGUCACACAGUUCUGGAUUGUUGCCACACUCUCUCCAGACUGUAUGCCCUAGGGUACUGCCAGUAGAGCUAGAGAGAGAGAGAGAGAGAGAGAGAGAAUGUAGAGUAAACACACAGACUGGCUCUUUAACUCCUUGUCUCCUCCACCGGCUUUGUGUGCAGGCUGGCUCCGUCCAUGUCCGAAUACGCCGGGAUGCCAACGAGCAGAUGGUGCUGGCCCAUGUGACCAACCGCCUCUUCCCCCUCGUGUCCACGCUGACGGUUCAGAUUUUCAAGGAUGACUGGAUCCGGCCUUCCCUCAUGGCCGGAGUGCUCCCAGCCAGCACACUCAGCCCCUCUGACUACGGGGGCCUGUCCAGCUUUGUUCCCCCUCCCCCCAAACCCUCGGUGGACAUGGACCGGCUCACCUCCACCCCAUCCAAACCCAGCAGCCCACCGCCAGAGUUCUCCUUCAACACCCCGGGGCGGCAUGUCCAUCCUGUGGUUCUCCCCAGCACCCAGCAUCAGAGGCCCUACAGCAUGGGCCUCAACUACGGAGCCUUCCCCUACACCAACAUGCUCAACCAGAACCUAGCCCGGCCGGGGGGUGAGCUGGGGAUGGGUAUGAACCUGGGAAUGGGUGCAGGGAUGCCUUUAUCACAACAAGGUUUCAGAACUGCCUUAGGCGCAGCGCCACAGCGAUUUGGAAGCAACCCUCUCCCAUCACAGUACAGCCAGUACAGACCC